AUGAAGAACUUAUCUAGAUUUACAGUCUUUAUUGGAAUUUUCUCCAUUAGUUUGAUUCAAUGUUCACUAGCUUCUGUUGUGUCGACCGGAGAUUUUAACAAGGAUUUCUUCGUGACAUGGUCUCCUAGCCAUGUAAAUACAUCUGCAGAUGGUGGAACUAGAAGCUUAAAACUUGACAAGAAUUCAGGUUCUGGUUUUGCUUCAAAUGACAUGUUCUUGUUCGGCCAGUUCGACAUGAAAAUUAAACUGAUACCAGAUAACUCAGUCGGCACUGUUGUGGCCUUCUAUCUCACAUCGGGUCAACCAAAUCGUGAUGAAGUUGAUUUCGAAUUCCUGGGAAAUGUACCUGGACAACCUUAUAUUCUUCAAACAAAUGUUUAUGUGGAUGGACAUGAUGACAGAGAGCAGAGAAUUAAACUGUGGUUUGAUCCCACUAAGGACUUCCAUACCUAUUCUAUACUAUGGAACCUCCACCAGAUUGUAUUUAUGGUGGACUGGGUUCCCAUAAGAACAUACAGAAACCAUGCAGAAAAGGGAGUGGCAUUUCCAAGAUUUCAGCCAAUGAGCUUACAGAUGAGCAUAUGGGAUGGCAGUGAUUGGGCCACAAAUGGUGGGAAAGACAAAAUUGAUUGGUCCAAAGGUCCCUUCAUUGCCUCAUUCAAAAACCACAAAAUUGAUGCAUGCAUUUGGAAAGGAAAUCCCAGAUUUUGCAAGGCAAAUAGUCCUACAAAUUGGUGGAAUAAUGAAAGAUUUAAUUCUUUGUCGUGGGCACAAAGAAGGCUAUUCAGAUGGGUUAGGAAAUACCAUCUGAUCUAUGAUUAUUGCAUGGAUAAUAAGAGAUUUCAGAAUAAUUUGCCGAAGGAGUGUUUACUGACCAAAUACUGA